AUGGAGAAAAGAGUUUUAGAACAAGCGUUGGACAGUCUCGAUACCUGGAUCAAGUAUUAUUUAAAUCAGAACUGGGAUACACUGGAAAAAUAUUGUCAAUUUGAUAUCAAUGAUUGUGAUCCUAAUCCUUGUCAAAAUGGCGGUAAAUGUGUCGAUGGAAUAAACAGUUACAGUUGUAUUUGCUCUAAUGGAUAUACUGGAACUCAUUGUCAGUAUACCAUUGAUGAUUGUGAUCCUAAUCCUUGUCAAAAUGGUGGUAAAUGUGUCGAUGGAGUAAACAGUUACAGCUGUAUUUGCUCUAACGGAUAUACUGGAACUCAUUGUAUGGUAAACAUUGAUGAUUGUGAUCCUAAUCCUUGUCAAAAUGGUGGCACUUGUGUUGAUGGUGUCAACUCUUACAUCUGUGUAUUUGUAGUGGGUCUUGGUCAAAAUUCAGAUUCUGGUUACAACUGUAUCUGUUCCAAUGAGUAUACUGGAGAAAAUUGUUCAGUAAAUAUCAACGACUAACCCAAUCCAUGUGAUAAUAAUGGCACUUACUAUCAAUCCAGUAUGUGUAAGUUUUAUUGUCAGUUAGAAGUUUGGAGACAGCAAGCAACAACAUGUGGUCUGUCCCUACCUGAGAUAGUGCCCCAGGACCCCACUUUGUCUAAUGAAGAACAGUGGAGAGCUGCAUUGAUUGAACAAGAAAAGUUUAGAGUUAUUUGGUUGGAGGAAGCAAAACAACGUGGUCUUACAUUUCCUUCAGACGCACAGGCACCAAUAUUUGAUAAGACAAAACAAAAGUACUGA